AGAUAGAGGACACAGUGGAACAAAUCAGAGUUCACAUGGAGGAAACGUGAUCGCUGAGAACUUAAAGUCUGAAGAUGACUGUGAUGGUCAGGUCGAGCAGAGCGGACGUGCGCUGGAUCACGAUGACUUGAGGUUUUUACGCGCAGAGGUUUGCCGCGCGCCCGGAUCGGAUCGGCGGGAUUCGACCUGUUUCGGGGGAACAUUCUGGGGCAGAAACCCUCGUGCGGAUGUAUCAAUGAAGAAUGUGAGUGACAUUCUCUCAGCGGGGUUGAUGAAGCCCUCGGCGAUGACAUGCGUCUUGCACCGCAGCCAAUUACGCAACCCUUCCUAGUUUUGCUCAUCCUCACCACGGACGCGCUCGCGUCCCCGGUGCUGUCUCCGGGCUGUCCGGACCGUUGCGUGUGCGAUGACCAGCUGGUGGUUCAGUGCGCCGGGCAGCACCUGACCACCUUCCCGGCCAACCUGCCGCUGGCCACGCGACAGCUCAUCAUCUCAAACAACCGCAUCGCGGAGCUGCCGCCGCUGACGCUCAACUAUCUCUCCGACCUGGUGUACCUAGACUGUAGCAACAACUCCCUGACCGAGAUCUCCGAGUCCACCUUCGGGAACCUGCGGAAGCUCACCUACCUGGACCUGUCCUUCAACGCGCUGACCCGGAUCGAGGACAGGACCUUCGGGCCCUUAGCGAGCCUGGUGAUGCUGAGGAUGACUGACAACCCUGCGCUCUCGGAAAUCCACGCGGAGGCUUUUGUGGAAAACUUGGCCCUGCAGGUGUUGGAUGUGAGCCGGAACAACCUGACAGUCCUCAACAUCACAGCUCUGAUCGCGCUGUCCAACCUGCGGUCCGUGGGCCUCAGUGGGAACCCAUGGAGCUGCGCGUGCCACAACGAAGACUUGUGCCUUUGGAUCCACCUGGCGGGCUUCAAGUUCCAAGAUGAGGUGCAGACCGUGUGCAGCUCUCCUCCUGACAUGCGCCGCCGCCGUCUGGGUGAAGUGGGCAUCCAGCUGCGGCAGUUAUGUCACCAGAGUCUGGGCUCCUGGGACUACCUUUUCUUUGUUGUCAUUGGCUUUGUCAUCUUCGCCGCCGGCACCGUGUCUGCCUGGGUGAUGGGCAUCAUCAUGGUGCUCUACGAGCGCUACAUCAAGAAGAAGGACCAACAGCUCGACCCGGACAAUGAAAAUGAACCCAGCGAGACGAGGAGCACCAGUCGAUCCAGGAGAGAACACCGCUGUGGCAACACGAGAACCUCGCUCACUGUUUAAAUUCUCCACGCACCCUGCCUGCCAUAAAAUCCCACCGUGCCUCCUGCCAGCGUCCACGACUCAAGUGGAAUGAAGCUGCAGUCACACUGAGUUUAAUGGGCUCUGAUGUAAAAGGAUAAAAACUAAGAAGACUGAACAGAAACCACAAAUAACUUUCUAUAUCUUGGGCGUGAGUGUUCAGAUGAUGUAACACUUUUACUAUAUGGACACAUGAAAAUGUGCUUAUAUGAACAAAACUGCUUAUAUUAAGGAAACUGUUUCUUGUUGGUAUAAACCAGCAUCAGAGCACACACUCGUCCUGCUUAAUUACCGCUCUGUUAUCACACCAUCUCUGUGCA